CUGCGUUGCGACGGUCCCUGCGGCGGAGGCUCUGCACAGCGCGCACCUCCCCGGCUGCUUAGGGCGGGCGCCCAGCGGACCAGAAGCCGGCUUCCUUGUUGACAUGCUUCUCCAACUCUGAAGCUUUACACUUCCUGAAAUACAAAAGUUUACUCAGGUGCUGCUGGUGUGGCUCAGUGGGUACAAUACUCAAAACAUGAACAACAAUACAUAUUACCAAUGUUCAAAGCUGAUUCGGGUAAAACCAGGAUACAGUUGCAUACCCUCUAUUCCAGAGGAAUUAGAAAAGCCAAAGUAAUGGAUAACAGAAAAGAGCCUCCAUUCUUCAAUGAAGAUAACGUGGAAGCAUUUUACUACAAAAUUCCUUUGUAUGAUACCAUGGAGCUCUUCAUUGAAACAUUGACUGGAACAUGUUUUGAGCUGAGAGUUUCACCCUUUGAAGCUGUUAUUUCUGUGAAAGCAAAAAUUCAAAGAUUGGAAGGUAUUCCCAUCUGUCAGCAGCACUUAAUUUGGAAUAACAUGGAACUUGAAGAUGAGUAUUGCUUGAAUGAUUACAACAUUUCCGAAGGUUGUACCUUGAAGCUGGUUUUGGCUAUGCGUGGUGGACCUAUAAAUACCAGAAAAGUUCCUAUGGAAGAUCCACUUAGGGAGAUGGCUGAGUAUAUGGAUUCCAGUCGAGAUGAAGUCUGGGAGAAAACUUCCUGCAACAAACAAGUUACAUUCUUGGUGUACCGAGAAGGAGAUCAAUUGAAUUUCUUUCGUGUAGUAGAUAGGGGAGAUGGCACUUUAACACCAUUAUCUGAAUCGUUAAGUGGUGGUUCUGUGUAUAACUUGUAUACAGAUGAGGAUGAAGAAGCUGAGCCUUCUCCUUCAGGGCAACAGAUCAUUGAAAAUUCAAUCACCAUGAACAAGAUGAAGCUGCUGAAGGCGAAGAUGGAGAACAUGAACCUCAGCAAGAAGCCUAAGAAGGUCGUCAGGGUGAAGCCCCGCCCGCCCGUGGCUCCGCGGCCGGCCAGCGGCUCCUCGGCGGCGGCGCGGCACCGGCUGCUGAGAGUCCUGCCACACAUCGGGCAGCCCUGCCCGCCCUCCCCGUCGGCCGCGCCUCGGCCCGAGGCCUCCCGGAAUGCAGGUGUGACAGCUCAGCCUUCCGCCGACAGACCCCCGCCGUCCGCGUCAGGCGCAGCGCCCCGUGGGGAGGAGCCCCGGGAGCGGGGGCCGCGCGCGCACCCCCGCGCCGAGUCCGCGCUGGUCCGGGAGGACUGCGUUCUCCACCUUGGGUCCUCCCUGCCCCGGCGGACAAAAGCCUUCUCGGGGACCCAGCCGCCGGGCAGCGACGGCGACUCCGCCUUGGCCCACGCUCCGGACCCGCGCGUGCCCACAGAGCCGAUCCCCGCCGCGGGGCCCGGGACCGCACCCGCGGCCGGGGGCGCGGGCGAGCGCAGGGGCGGCCUGGACGGGGCCCGGAAGGCCAACGCCGAGGCCGCGCCCACCACUGGCGAAAGAGGGGCGCGAGCCCCGGAGGCGCUCGCAAACCCCUGCUCCAAGGCGGCCAGCGGCGAGCCCCGCAGCGCCCCGAGUCCCCACAAGAGCAGGCUCCUGUCGCCGCUGCGCUGCGCGGCCGCGGCCCCGCUGCACCCUGCACUGCUGAAGCCGCCGCGGCCGGCGGUCAAGGCCCCGCCGUGCGCUUCGCCAUGCGCCCCGCCAACCGCGCGCCGCCCGCUGGACACGCGGGCCCCCGAGGCCGCCUUCCCGCGGACCGCGCGCCUCCGUGCCGUCAAGGUGGACUCCCCCGGCAAGAGGCCCGACGUGAUCUCCAAAGGGGAAGCGCGCGACAUCACGGAAAUGGCCAACAAAGCCUCUAAAGAGCCCGUGGGCUGCGUCAAUAACAUUGGGUUUUUUGCUUCGCUCGCGCGGAGCGCCAGCAGAGACAGUGUGCAGAGCACGAGGGGCUCCAGCCGGCUGCGGCCCUCCGCCCUGGGGCUGGCCGCCAGCCUCCAGCACUUCCAGGAAGACAGCGCCAAGAAAAGCUCUCCCCAGAGCGAACCCGGGGAGGGUUUUCUAUCUGCCCGUGGUAGUGGAAUGAAUGGAAAUAAUGCAGCAGCAGGGAAAAGAGUCGGAGAAUGCCCUCAUCACCUCCCACCCGUGAAAGCCCCCCUUCAAACAAAGAAGAAGACAAAGCAUUGUUUUCUUUGUGGAAAGAAAACAGGACUGGCUACUAGCUACGAAUGCAGAUGUGGAAACAACUUCUGUGCAUCUCAUCGCUAUGCAGAAACUCACGGCUGCACCUAUGAUUACAAGAGUGCAGGGAGGAAAUACUUGCAGGAGGCAAAUCCUGUGGUUAACGCACCAAAGCUUCCAAAAAUCUAACUUUCCCCUGCACCCCACUGCUCUGCCCGAGGAAUCGCAUUAUAUUGACAGAAGACAUGUUGCUUAGACUGCAUUAUUUUUGUUCGUCUCCAAAAGAUUUGCCAAAUAAGAGCAUAUAAUGCAUACUGUUGAAGAAUGAGAGUGCUCCUGUAUUUGAUGUCUUUAUUCUUUGGUAAAUCAAAACUUUUUAAAGUAGUUUUAAAAGCUUUCCACUAUAGCUUUGUUCUUACAUGUCUGUGUUAAGUGUUUUAUAUUUGCUAUUACAAUUUUACUAGACAUAUCUUCAAAAGAUGCACUUGAGGAAGCUGCUGUUGGCUGUGUAACCAAGCUCCCAGGCUGUACAGAAAUGAGUGGUCGUGUAAUGGCACUAUACAAAGUGACCAUAUUUUGUCUGUAUUUCUUUUUUUGAGGGGUUGGGGUAAGUAGGGGUAUUUUAAAGAUCCCAUGUGUGAAAGUUUAUGAGUUUACUGGCAAGUUCUUUUUAUUUUCAAACUACUUUUUAUAAAAAAGAACAUUUGGUUUUCCAAAUAUCUAUAUAUUUCUUCCAUAUUUAGAUUAGCAUUCAGAUAUGUAUCCAUUCUCUAAAACACAUCAUGUUGAUUAUAGUAUAUAUUUAUUAAAAUACUACUUUUUAAAAGGUGGUUUUUUUAUAAGACAAUGUCCUACUUGUCAUUAAAUACAGGAACCACCUUUUUUUAAAAAAAGAAAUGGCUACACUUGAAGCAAAAUUUUACAGCUUGGCUUGUUUUUCUUAUAUAUUGAGUGCUACUACCAGAAGAAAUUCAAAUAAAUAUUCAACUUGA